AUGGCCACUGCCGAAAUAGCCCGGUCCGCCUCACCGGCCGAGCCCACCACCUCCAAGAAGCGCAAGUCCUCCGUCGACGAAAUCGAGGUCGACCUCGAGCUGCCCGAACCGCCGUCCAAGAAAGCCAAGCGCCUACUCAAGAAGGGCAAGCCACUCCCGGUAAAACCCGACAGCGACGCCGAGAACGAUGAAGACGGACUGCCCAUAGCCAAGGGGGGCAAGAAGGAGAAGAACAAGCGCUCAGACCACGGCGUCUGGAUCGGCAACCUGCCGUUCACCGUCACGCGGGUCGAGCUCUUCAGGUGGCUCGUCGAGGGAUCCGGCGGCGUCAUCAAGGAGGAGAACAUCACGCGCGUCAACCUACCCAUGAGUAAAGCGCCGCGGGAUCGGAGGGGUGAGGGCGGGGAGGAGAAGCCGAAGCCGCAGAACAGGGGCUUUGCAUAUGUGGACUUCGACGUCGCGGCCGCGGCCGUUGCCGCCAUGGCGCUUACGGAGACGGAGAUCGACGGGCGCAAGGUCCUGAUCAAGAACUCGAACUCGUUUGAGGGCCGGCCGGCGAAGGAGAGCAGCCAGGCCACAGCGGAGAACGGCGACGGUGCGACGGAUGCCGCGGCGGCGGCUGCGGCGGCUGCGGCGGCGAAGAAGAACACAAGUCGCAAGAUCUACGUCGGCAACCUCUCGUUCCAGACCAACGAGAACGACCUGUGGGCGCAGUUCGAGAAGUGCGGCGAAAUCGAGUGGUCCAAGGUCGCCACGUUCGAGGACAGCGGGAAGUGCAAGGGCUUCGGCUGGGUCAAGUUCAAGGAUGCCGAGGCGGCUGAGUGGGCCGUCAAGGGCUUUGUCAAGAUCAAGGAGGAGAUCGAGACGGAGGACGACUUCCGCGACGACGCUGAGGCGGACGCUGACGGCGACGGCCAGGAGAAGCAGGAGCGGAAGUUCAAGAUGCGCAAGUGGUGGGUCAACAGGUUACGCGGCCGCGAGCUGAAGAUCGCCUUCGCCGAGGAUGACCAGGUCAGGUAUCGGAAGCGAUUCGGCAAGGAUCGGCCGGACAGGCCGGAGAGGCCGCAGCGGAAUGGCGAAGGACGGCAACCAGCGGCGACUUCGGGAGAGGAUGGCAAUGCGGCUGUCGAGAAGAGGGCACCGAAGAAGAAGCCGACGUAUGGUGAUGAGAAUGUUGCGUCUUACUUGACGGGUGCUGUCGUCAAGUCUGAGGGCAAGAAGACUACGUUUGAUUAA